GUACAUCGGAGGGGUUGGACGCGUGAGUGGACGAUCCGAAAAGCGCACCUUUUUUCCCCCGAACCAGCGUCCCGUUACCACCGGUAAUAACCAAGUGCGGUGAGAAGCUGCUUUGGCUUAUUUAUCCAGGUCUGAUGUCUGAGCGUGGAGCUAUGCAUCGUGACUCUUGUCCGCUGGACUGUAAAGUCUACGUUGGAAACCUUGGCAACAAUGGCAACAAAACAGAAUUAGAGCGUGCAUUUGGUUAUUACGGACCACUGCGUAGCGUGUGGGUUGCUAGGAACCCCCCAGGCUUUGCUUUUGUAGAGUUUGAAGAUCCCAGAGAUGCAGCUGAUGCUGUAAGAGAACUAGAUGGAAGGACUUUAUGUGGAUGUCGUGUCAGAGUAGAGUUAUCAAAUGGAGAGAAACGAAGUAGGAAUCGCGGGCCUCCUCCAUCAUGGAAUAGGAGACCUCGGGAUGAUUAUAGAAGGAGAAGUCCACCACCUAGACGCAGAGUCACCAUCAUGUCUCUUCUCACCACCCUCUGGGUCUACAUUAGCCAGUCAACUAGCCCUUUCAGCGUCAUGUGACCAGCGCGCCCCAUUCAGCUUGGCUGGUGUCGUAUCACAUGACCCAGGCAUGGCCAGUCAUCAGGUUGCACCGCCUUUUGGUUUCCGAGCAUGCUGUCCACUCAGCCUUCCUACUCUCCAACCUUAACCAAAACUCGGCAGCAGCCCUCCUUCAGCGCCCACACAUUCCCGGCCUAUCUGCACGGCUGUUAACUUUGACAAAAUGUCUUCACAACAACUGCAGCACCAGCCUUCGGCUAACCAAAAAAAGCAGGAAAAAUCCACAACACCCCCUUCGCAAACCAUCUAAAUUCAACGCAACACCUGGCAAAACCUUUUCAACAAAUUCUACUUGGCCACCUGUCCGGCAUCCUCACCAUUUCUAGCUUGUUGAAAUCCCAAAAACUAGUAAGUUUUUUCCUGCUUAUACAGAGUUUACUGCUGGUUUAAAGUGAGACUAAAGCAGCUUUAUAAGUCAUACUUUAUUUUUCUCUAUUCUAAUCAAAGGCUGGCUGUGCAUAAUCAAAAAAAAAGGUAACUGACAUUGCUUGAACUAUAAAGACUUUUAAGGGUGAUAGAGAAAUCUUUUUGUUUGAGCCUUGGCCAUACAUACAAGCUGUAGAAAAGUUGCUUUCUUUGUUGCCUACUACUUUUUCAUGUGAAAUAUCUAUCAUCUUUAAAUGUUUUCUUUCCCAUACUAACCAAAAUGUCUUCUGGGUAAAGGCUAUUUUUCCUCUUAAUUGAAAGAAUGACGGGUGGGAUGUUGGCUUGCACCUCACUGUAUAAAUCUAUAAUGGCCAUUAGGCUUGCAUGACAUAAAGAUUUCUUAAUGCCAGUCUUUCACAAGUGGUGUUAAGGGUAAUGGCGGCAAAUCACAGUUCUCAGGUGCCAAGUAGGGAGUCUAGCCAAAGUGAAUUCCUGCUGGGGUUCAAUUUUCAUCUUAAGUCUUUAUUCCCCUCUGUAAAUCUAGGUGCUAGUGUUGUACCAGUCUGUAUUUUACAUAGGUACAAACUCCAUGGUCCCAUAGUGAUCAAAUGGUGGGAUUCUUUGGUAGCAAGGCUGAAAUGCCUGUUUUGUUUUUGUUUUGUUUGUUUGUUAUAGAUCUCCACGGAGAAGGAGCUUUUCUCGUAGCCGCAGCAGGUAAGGUUGUCUGGUGGUAUUACAUCUGAGUGAAAUUGUCUGUUUUAGCACAGAGGUAGUCCAAUGUGAUCCUCCAGCUGUUAUUCUGUUGCUGCUUCUUUAACCAGUCUGCUGUACAGGCAGCAAGUGGGUGAGGGCUUGCAAGAUGCAGUUGAGUUACAGCUGUAGCCCUUUAACUGCCCAAGUUCUAUCAUAGUAUAUACGCAUGUGUAAAAGUUAGGCAUUCGUUUUGAAGUAUGGUGUCUUUUGGAGUGAAUUUUGUGUGAAAGUAGCAGGAAGCUAGCUAAUUUACUCAUAAAUCUUGUUAUGACUGUCCUUAAGCAUUUGGUAGGAGUGAGAUCAUACAAUUGGCAUUCAUCAUUUUGUAACAGCGAAUUGUGACUACAGAAACUGUGUGAAGUAUUGGUGCGACUUCUUGUAAAUAGUCUUGCAUGCUUGCAUAAGCACUUAUGGAUUUUCAUAGUUCCAGUAACAUUUGACCACUUGGCAAGCUUUAGUUUCAUAUUCUUGCAUUGUCUUACUUUAAAUUCUGCAAACAUGUCUCUCUCAACCUUUUCCACCUCUGCAACUAUUAUAGGUUUGACUUGCAUGGAAAGAAAUAUUGCAGCAGAUUUGGUUGUUGUAACUUCCCCUCCAUUAUAAAGGAUGUCUUUUCUGUUGGUUUUCAAUCUCUUAAAGACUGGCAUCAGUUGAUAUAAAAUCUUGUGCUGGCUGAGAUUUGCAAUACCCUGUAUAUCAAGUGGUUGGUUUCAUUUUUAGUGUUAUGGGAACAAAGACACGUCUUGCUAACUGUAUGUAAGGACUGCUGAGUGAUUGUGUACAGUUAUUUUUAAAUACUGUUUAAAUUAUUAAAUGUUUAAUGUGUAAACUUGAAUUUAUGAUCUUCAUCCUUUUCAGGUCUCUCUCCAGGGAACGAAGAAGGGAACGAUCAAUCUCCAGGGAGAGGAAUCACAAGCCAUCUCGGUCGUUUUCUAGAUC